AAAACAAAAAGGAAGGUGCAUCACAAUGUUACGGAAGAAGAAAUUCUAAUAAAGAGGCAUGACAUACAGUACAACAUAUCAACGAGGAUGAACCCAGAAUGGUUUCUUCACAAUGAUGUGACCUCAAGAAAAAUUUUCACAAUAAUCGCGGCAAGGAAUAUCUUCAGAAGGACGAGACAAGAAAACGUCGGGCAGCUAGCAGGAGAAGAAAGCAUCUUCAUAAAGAAAAUAGAACACGAAACAGCAUCUUAG